GAAAUAAGGCUGACUCACAAUCUAUUAUUGAGUGUGGAACUUGGAAAUAUCACGCGCUUUAGUUUCACUCCAAGCUCACGGUCGGUGUACUUAUUGUUCCCUCCACAUGACCUCUUCCACGGCAGAGGGGGCGGAGGGGCAGAUGAGCCCUGAGGAGGAGGAGGCCCGGAGGAUAGCAGAGAUGGGGAAGCCCAUCCUGGGAGAGCACAGCCGCCUGGAGGUGGUCAUCGAGGAGUCCUACGAGUUCAAGAGCACCGUGGACAAGCUCAUUAAGAAGACCAACCUGGCGCUGGUGAUCGGCACACACUCCUGGAGGGAACAGUUUGUGGAGGCGGUCACUGUCAGCGCAG